GUCAGUUAUUAUUCUAUGGCUGUCCGUCAACGUCAAGUAGCUGUCAAAUUCCGAUUCAAAUCAAUACGACACUGCACCAAUUAAAUUUGCACUUUCUUGCGCUGAAUUACCUCCAAAUUUCUAGUCUUGCUCACAAAUGUACUUACACUGCCGUAUUUUUGUCUGCAGUUCGCAAUUUAAGUGAACAAUAGUGCACUCAGCCUAAUAAUGUAGGUUCGUACUACCGCAACGCUUGAGCGGUUGUUUAGGGCGGAAAUGUCUGUUUUACUACAGUUUUUGUACUGAAACGAGUGGAAAUGGACCUGUCCCCCGACGAGGAGCACUUCCAGGGCCGCCUUCUGCACCAGGCGGCGCUGUGGGACAACCUGGAGCUGCUGCAGGAGUUGCUGUCGAACGGCGCGGAGGUGGACGCGCGCGACGGCAGCGCCCGCAGCGCCCUGCACGCCGCCGCGCUCGCUGAGCGCAGCCGCUGCCUAGACGCGCUCUGCGCCGCCGGUGCCGACAUCGACGCGCGCUGUGACGACAGCGCCGGAGGGAAGACGGCGCUGCACAUCGCGGCGGAGCGCGGGCACGUAGAGAACGUGCGCGUGCUGGUGCGCGCAGGCGCGGCGCUGCACGCGCUCGACGCGGCCGGACACACCGCGCUCGCGCUCGCCGAGCGGAACCACCACCGGCACGCCGCGCAUGCGCUCAGGGAGGCAAGAGAUGCGCUGGAGCGCGAGCGGUUGUCGCAGCACGCGCAGCUGCGCGACAUGGUGGUGCGCGGCGAGUGGGCGGCGCUGAAGGCGCGGCUGGCGGCGCUCGGCAGCGAGGCCGGCCUCAUCGCCAACCUCACGCCCGGCGGCGCCAACACGCUCCUAUACGUCGCGGCGGAGUCGGGUGCGACGGCGGCGGUGAGCGCGCUGCUGGAGGCGGGCGCGGACGGGCGCGCGCACCCCGUCACCAAGUACAGCCCGCUCUACGUCGCCUGCUACCACGGCCGCGGCGACAUCGCGCGCCUGCUGCUCGCACACUUCCCGCGCGCCGUGCAGCAAGAGACGGUGGAGAAGUGGCUGCCGCUGCACGCGGCGUGCAUCGGCGGACACGCGGCCGUGGUCACGCUGCUGCUCGAGUACCCCUACCCGCCGGAAGUGCUCAACACUUACACUGACGCGAGCGGUCGGUGGCAGUACCGGUGCGCGUUCGACGUGAACGCCCGCGACGCGCGCGGCCAGACGGCGCUGUACGUGGCGAGCACGCUCGGCAACGUGCCCGUGCUCUCCGCCCUGCUCGCGCACACCGUCGCCUGCGAGCGCGUGCACCAGAGCGAGGACGAGCAGUCGCCGUCGUCCCCCGCCGCCGCCAGUCCCGCCGCCGCGCCGGCGCAGGGCCCUGACGCGGUGGUCAGCCCGCAGCGUGGCGGCAUCUCGCUUGGCAUACACGCCAUCGUCAGCAAGCUCACUGGCGCCGGCAACAACAACGCCAUUGAGCAGGCGCGCGACUCGUGCCGGCGGCUGCGGCCGGUGCGCGUGGACGCGGUGAGCGCGGGCGAUAGCUGCGUGGCGGCGGCGGCACGCGGCGGACACCUGGUGGCGCUGCAGCGACUGCUGGCCGCCGGGGCGCCCGCCGACGCACCCGCCGCCGCGCCCGAGGACGUGGCGGAAGGUCCGCGCGAGAGCCGGCGCUCGCGCAGCGCGUCGUGUGCGAGCUCGCGCGCGUCUCCCUCGCCCUCGCCGUCGCCCGCGCGUUCCUCCUACAACAACGACAGGGAGGGCGGCUGGACGGCGCUGUGGGCGGCGACGCGGGCGCGACACGUGCUGGUGGCGGAGGCGCUGCUGUCGCACGGCGCCACCGACCCGCAGUGCCGCGCGCUGCGUGAGGCCGCCAGGCACGGACUGCUGGACCUCAUGGCCAAGCUGCUCGCCACCAAGGCGUACCCCGACCCGGAGCACAAGCUGAACAAGUCGGCGGUGUCGGAGACGGUGUUCCGCUGGCGCGACGCGGACCCGCAGCUCACCUACAGCGCGCUCUGUCCCACGCAGCCCGUCAUCGUCGGCUGGCGCGAGCUGCGCUGCCAGCUCAACCAUCUGCGCAUGUCGUGGGUGCGCUGCGCGGCGCUGCGCGUGAACCCGCGGCUCGGCAGCUCGGCGGCGGCGCUGCACGCCGUCACGCGCAUCGACGUCUCCAACAACGAGCUGCGCCUGCUGCCGCCCGAGCUGUUCUCGCUCAUCAGCCUCAGGUACCUGAACGCGGCCCAGAACAAGCUGGAGCGCCUGCCGAGUACGGAGGACCCGCUGGAGGAGGAGGGCGAGGCGCGAGGGAGACGCUCGCGGCGCCGCGCCCGCCGCGCCGACAUCUACACCGCGCCCGUGCUGCACGAGCUCUACCUGCAGGACAACCGCCUGGAGGAGAUCCCGCCGGCGCUGCUGUCGCUGCCGAUGCUGAGCACGCUGGACGUGUCCAACAACAAGCUGCGCGCGCUGCCGCCGCAACUGUGGAGUGCGCCCGCGCUCCGGGACCUCAACGUGGCGCUCAACCAUCUCCGGGACCUGCCCGCCGGGCCAGAGAACGACUCGGAGGGCUGGUCCGCCGGCCAGCAAGCGUCGACCCCAUCGGACACAUCCCCGCAGCAGAGCGCCUCGCCCUCCAGUGGCGCCGCGCCAUUCAACUUCGGCAACCAGUCCAAAUCGUCGUCGCGCAGUCCGUCGAUCGAGCGCAGCGAGUCGGAGUCGCUGGACGAGGAGGACGGCGUGCCCACGCUCAGCAACCGCGCCGGGAACGCAGUGUGGUGCGAGGCGCGGCGGGCGCACCCGUGGCGCGGCGCGGUGGUGGCGGUGGCGCCGGGCGCGUGGGCCGGCGGGGGCGCGGGCGGCGGGGCGCGGCGCGGCGGCUCGCCGCUCACGUCGCUCAACCUGUCGCACAACCAGUUCGUGUGCGUGCCCGCCGUGCUGGCGUGCCGCGCGCCCUCGCUCGCCAGGCUCAACAUGGCGUACAACUCGCUCAGGACGAUGUCGUACGUGACGUCAUACCCGACGAGUCUGCGGCAGCUCGACCUCAGUCACAACGAGAUCACGUGCUGGCCCAGUCUGCCGCAGUUGGAGAACUUCGGUUCGGCGGAGGGCGACCCGCUGGCGUGCUUCUGUCCCCCGGCGGCGGGCGCGGCGGGCGCGGCGGGCGCGGCGGGGGCGGCGGGCCCGGCGGCGGAGAGCGCGGCGCUGCGCCCGCGGCCGCGCUCGGGCGGCUCGGUGCGCUCGCAGCUGCUGCACGCGGCGUGCCCCGCGCGGAGACACCUGCGGCUCGAGGGGCUGAGGACCUUGAUCCUCGCGAACAACCUGCUGACCCGCAUCCAGCUGACGACGGACGACGACGGGUACGCGAGCGCGGCGCACGACGACUCCGCCGCCGCCGACGACGACGACUGGGGCUCCGGGUCGAGCCUGAAGACGCGGCUGCUGUUCCCGCUAUUGUCGAUGCUGGACGUGUCGUGCAACUUGUUGCGCGCCGUGCCGCCCGCCAUCCACGAGCUCGCCAACCUCUCCGUGCUCAACCUCAGCGGCAACAAGGACAUCACGGAGCUGCCGCCGCAGAUGGGCCUGCUGUCGCGGCUGUGGAACCUGAACACGGCGGGGUGCUCGCUGGCGGAGCCGCUGCGCUCGAUGGUGCGCUGCGGCCGCUACAAGAGCAUGGACAUCGUCGGCUACCUCAAGUCCGUGCUGCAGGAGGCGCGCCCCUACACCUCCAUGAAGCUCAUGCUCGUGGGGCAGCAGGGUAUUGGCAAGACGAGCCUCCUUGAGUGUCUGCGGCAGGAGUCCUCCAUACAACACAGGAGGAAACCCACCGAGCACUGGGCGAAGCGCAUGGGCAACAAGUCGACGUCGCGCGGCAACAUGUCCACGGUGGGCGUCGACAUCGGCGUGUGGACCUACGAGAAGCAACGCAGCACGCGCGGGCCCGUCACCUUCCGCUCCUGGGACUUCGGCGGCCAGCAGGAGUACUACGCGACGCACCAGUACUUCCUGUCGCGGCGCUCGCUGUACCUGGCGGUGUGGCGCGUCACGGACGGACGCCGCGGACUCGCCGGCGCGCUCACCUGGCUCAGAUCCAUUCAAGCGCGCGCCCCCGGCUCGCCCGUCAUCAUGGUCGCCACUCACUACGACCAGGUGCCCAACGUGAACCUGCCGGAGAGCGAGAGCCCGGAGGCGCUGCAGCGACUGAUCCGCUCGUCUAUCAUGGGUGCCGCGGAUGCUGAUAAGCUCGGCCUGCCGCGCGUGCUCGACUCCGUAGAGGUGUCGUGCAGCACGCGUCACAACAUCCGGCUGCUCGCGGACAUAAUCUACUCGGUCGCAUUCAGCGUGAAGCCGCCAGGCAGCAAGGAGCCGUGGCUGGAGCAGCGCGUGCCGGCGACGUACCUCGCGCUGGAGGAGUGCGUCAGCGCGCUCGCCGCCGACCUGCGCGAGCCCGUGCUGCGACACGACGACUACAAGCGGCUGGUGACGCAGUACAUGCAGCAAAAAAACCACAGGAUGUUCCGGGACGCGGCCGAGCUGCACCAGGCCACCAUGUUCCUGCACGAGAAUGGCGUGCUGCUACACUACGACGACGCGACGCUGAAGCAGCUGUACUUCCUGCGGCCGCAGUGGCUGUGUGACGUGCUCGCACACGUAGUCACGGUGCGCGAGAUCAACCCGUUUGCUAACAACGGUAUAAUGAAGGUGGAGGACCUGGCGCACGUGUUCAAGGCGUCUCCGCUGCUGGCGCGCGGCGAGGAGGCGAGCUCGCUCGGCGUGUCGCUGCUGAACAAGUUCGAGUUGGCGCUGUGCUGGGACGCGCGAGUGCUGCUGGUGCCGCCGCUGCUGCCCGCCACCGAACCUGCGCAGCCGCAACUGUCCCUGCGCUCGCGCUCGUGGUGCCAGGCCCGCGGCACGCCGCACCGCGCCUGGCCCUCCGCGCUGCACCACCUCGCCGCGCUGCCAGAGCCGCGACAAACCGACUCGCCCACGCUCAUACAGGAGUGCGGCGGCGUGCAGGUGUGCGGGCGGUCGGCGGGCGGCGGGCGCGGCGCGCUGCGGCGGCUGGUGGUGCUGUCGUACGUGCCGUGCGGGUUCUGGGCGCGGCUGUGCACGCGGCUGCUGGCCGACACGGCGCUGCUGGCGGCGCCGCAGCGGCUGUACCGGCCGCCGCCCGAGGCCGAGGCGGACGAGAGCGUGUGCCGCGCGCUGGACGCGGGCUGGGGCUGGAAGCUGUGGCGGCGCGGGCUGGUGGCGUGCUGCGGCGCGCUCACCCUCGCCGCGCUGCGCGAACUGCCGCCGCGCGCCGACGCGCUGCUGCCCGCCGCCGACGACGACCCCGCCGACCACCCGUACGAGCGGAUACAGCUGCGUGUGCGACAGGAGGGCUCGUGGUGUGAGCUAGACGUGCUAGGCUCCGCGUGUGUCGAGAUUCUGCUGCCCGCGCAGGUAUGCGUCGUCAAGAGAGACGACGGAUUGCCCAUCGCCGGCUAUCAGAGCAUCAGCCUGGAGCCGAACCCAGAGGUUCUGGCGAAGGUGUUGGCGCUGCUGUCCGACCACGUGGACCUGCUGCUCGAAGAUUGGUACCCAUCACUUGGUACCCGGUUCGUGCACACGUCGGAGGGGCGGUGCCUGAUCACGCGUGUGGUGCCGUGCCCCGAGUGCAUGCGCGACGCGCAGCAGCAGCAGCAGCAGCAGCACGCCGACAACCACGAGGAGCGACUCGCGCAGGAGCUGAGGCGACUGGAGCUAGGUAAUGGCGAGGUCCGCAGGCUGCGUCUCUCAGAGGAGUCCAGGACCUCGGACGGGGACAGCGGGGUCGGCGCUGAAUCUAAUGCGUCGUCGCGGCUGGGCUCGGUGGAGCGCAUAGUGAACGAGGCGGCGGCGCCGAGCGUGGUGUACGGCUGGACCGUGGAGGAGUGCAUCCUCGCCGCCUGCACCUCGCGCCGCCUCGCCUGCGCCGCGCACGCCACCGUCGAGCUGCGCCACCUCGCGCCGGACCUCCUGCUACUGGACGUGGAGGAGAGUGCGCGUGCGCGGUGGGAAGACAUCACGCGCGGCGCGGUGGCGGGGCGCGGUGCGUUCGGCACCGUGUGGCGCGCCACGUGGCGGCCGCCCGGAGCUCGCGAGCCGCGCAGCGUGGCGCUGAAGGCGCUGCAGCCCGUGCCGCCGCCCGCCGGUGCAGACGCGGCCGCGCAGCAGGCGUACCGCGCGGCGCAGGCGCGGUGGGAGCGCGAGCCAGCUGCCGCCGCGUGCCGCGCCUACUGCGGCCUGCGGCAGGAACUGAGCAUCGUGAGCCAACUACGGCAUGCGCACGUGGUGCCGAUGCGAGGCGCAUGCGCGGCUCCUCUGGCGCUACUGCUGGAGCUGGCCCCGCGCGGGUCGCUGGAAGCGGCGCUGCGCCAGUACGCGGGCGUGGGCGCGCGGGUGGGCGUGCGAGCGGCGCGUGCGCUGCUGCUGCAGGUGGCGCGCGCGCUCGAAUACCUGCACGCUGCGCGCGUACUCUACAGGGACCUAAAGUCUGAGAACGUGUUGGUGUGGCGCAUGCCGCUGCCGGCGGAGGCGGCGGACGCGGAGCGCAGCACCGCCGCCAUCGACGUGCAUGUCAAGCUCGGCGACUACGGUAUCAGCAGGCUGGCGCCGCCGUCCGGCACCAAGGGGUUCGGCGGCACCGAGGGGUUCAUGGCGCCGGAGAUCAUGCGCUACAACGGCGAGGAAGAGUAUAACGAAAAGGUGGACUGCUUCUCGUAUGGAAUGCUGAUCUACGAGAUCAUCACCACGCGGCAACCAUUCGAGGGACACGAGGCGGUCAAGGAAGCCAUCUUGGAGGGAGCGAGACCGACGCUGACGCCAAGGGACCUGGAGUACCCGUGCUGCAUGCUGGAGACGAUGCGGCGCUGCUGGUCGGGCUCGGCGGAGCUGCGUCCGUCGGCGGCGGCGCUGGUGUCGCUGGCGGGCGCGCCCGAGUGCGCGGCGCUGUGUGACGCGGCGGGAGCGCGCCCGAGCCGCGCCGCCGCCGCCGCGCCGCUGCUGCUGCCCGACAAGGGGCUCGGCGCCGAGCUCUGGUACGGCGGCGGCGAGCCCGAGCGCCUGCACACGCUGCAGGCCACGCACAGCGCCUUCACCAACCACCACACCGUGCGGAUACCGCCGGACAAAGCGGAGCCGGUGCUGGUGACCGCCAUCUGCAGAGUGGGCAACAAGAUGUGGGUCGGAGACUCCGCGGGGAGGCUGCUGGUCUAUUCCAUAUCGUCGUGCGCGCUGUCGUGGAGCGUGCGCGUGCAGGAGGUGGUGGGGGGCGCGCCGAGCGGCGUGGCGGCGCUGCAGCCGCUGCAGCCGCUGCAGAGGGUCGCACUGGCGCUCGCUUGCGGACGGUUGUUCCUGGUGACGUCGUCGCGGCCGGAGGCUGAGGGCAGCUUCGUGCUGACGGAGCUGGGCGCCGCGCAGGAGCUGUGCUGCCUCACCGCCGUGCCGACGCCGCACGGGUUCGAGGUGUGGGCGGGCGGCGACGGGCUGUACGCGUACUCGCUGACGGCGGCGGGCGUGUGCGGCGCGGACGCGCUCGCAGUGGCGCCGCGCGUGGCGCUGCUCGCCGCCGCCGACACCGAGCCGCACGUCUUCCUCUACUGCGACCCCGGUGUGUGCGUGUACCAGUACUCUGUGCGCACGCGCACUCAGACGGCGCGGCUCGACUGCAGCAAGCUGGUGCCCUGCUCCGAGAGUUUACAGUCCAUCGCCAUCGAGGAGCACCUCAACGAAGUGCUGUGUCGAGUGACGGCGCUGUGCACGCUGCACGGCGCGGUGUACGCGGGCACGGCGUGGGGUUGCGUGAUAGUUGCCGACGCCGCCACGCUGCGACCGCUCACCGUCUUCAGGCCUUACGAGGAGGACGUGCGGGCGAUAGUGGCGCUAUCGCCGCUAAAGGGUUCCGAUGCGGUGCCCAUGAUCGCGACCUUCGGCACCGGAUACCGCCCACUACUGCAGAGAUAUGCGCCCGCGCAGAACAAUUCAAACACAACGCAAUACAGCGGGCCGCACUGCCUGCUAUGGCGUGCUCAGCGAUGGCUCCCAGACUAAAUGUGCUCUAUACAGAGCGGGACAGACAUAUAGCGUCGGCAGUGGAGUGAGAGAGACAGAUGUAUUUGAUCGUUCUACAUCUGACAUGAGAUUGGAAAAUGUAACAUCAAAUCAAAGUCAUUUAUGUGUUUGGCUGUGCUGAUUAAG